AUGUGCUCCUUUCUUAAGCAUGAUACGAACAUCUCCAAUACAAAGAUUCUAUACGUCGACUACGAUCGAGGGUCCAUAGGAACGUCCAUCCGAAAUGCCUACGCACAACUACAAGGAAACGACUUCCCAAGCAUAGUCGAGCGACCUGCUUCGGAAUUCUUGGACACGCCAGAUCUGGAGGUAGCAAUUUGCCGCAGAUUUUAUCACGCAGCAAUUUUCACUUCACUUGGAGCCUCUGACAGGCUGGACAGUGCAUUGAUGGCCAGCUCAGAUCCUACGACAUUCAAUCAAUCUGAUAUCCUGAUUUACGUCUGGAACAAGCAUCUAUAUCCUGGGAUCUUAGACUCUAUCAUUGAAGAGUCAAUCCAAACUCUGAAUAGAGCCACUCGUGCCGCUUUUUUCCGGGAUCUUGAUCCUGGAAAUUGGGCGAUGAUAUCACGGAAUCCAACAACUAUACCAAUUGUUACAAAUCCGUGGGUUUUCACACCUAAAAACGGCUACUACAACUCAGAACACUCUUUCACAGUUGGUGCUAUAAUUCUUGUUUUCGUCAUUCUUGUUCAAGGAUCAAUUAUUCUGGAGGCGGCUCAUACCACCUUUACCAGAUUGGCUUUGCGUCGAAGCACUACUCCAUUAUUACCUAUUGGCCUUCCGAUACUCAUCUCCGCAGUGUGGACGCUGUUUGGUUCACUAUUCACAAUCAGUGUAUUCUUCGCAUUCUGCCCAAACUGGUCUAUUGACUGGUAUCAGUUCCUACAAUUCUGGGUUGUUCUUUGGAUUUUCUCGCACGUCAACUUUAUGGUCUGCGAUGCCCUUCCGUUGUUUUUCCCUUACUCCGGCAAAUCCAGAAUAUGGACAGUCUGGAUGUUGCUGAAUAUUGCAUCUGCUUCGCUUUUAUUGGAUUUCCCCAGCUCAUUCUCCAAUUUAGCGAAGGGAAUACCGGCUUACCAGGCGAGCAAAGUCCUGAUUGAUAUCUGGGCCCCGGCUUGCGAGUUCCAGAGCUUUGUUGAAAUUUCGUUUCUUUUCUCUAUCGAAGUACUAUGCUUGAUGUUUCACAUUUUUCGAAGCACCAAGAGCCGCAAAGUCUUGUGA